UGAUGAUAAGCGCAGCCGCGGUGUGGAGCCGCUCAGUCCGCCGUGUGUCUCCGAGGUGCCCGUCGGUUCUCCGCUGUUUUCCCAGGUUUCCAGGCACAUUUAAAGCUCCAGGCUAAACCAUGCCGUCGGUUCCAUCCACCAAAGAGAGCCCAGUCAAAGCCCCCGUGUGCCCCCACGCUGGCAAACUGCUCAGCCACACCAACGGAGAAGCCAAACUCCGCGAGGGCUCUUUCCCACUGAACGGCGUUGAAAAGCUGACGGUGGUGCAGGCCCCCGAGGAGUCGAGCAGAACCAUUCAGAUCAACACAAAGAACGCCAGUCCUGAGAGGAAAUGGAUCCGGCCCGACCUUCCCAGCCGCUGCACAUGGAGCCUGGGAGCGUCGAAAGCCGACUCCCCUCACGCGCAAGUUCCAAGAAACGUCGCUCCAACCAUCCUCCCAAACAUCCUGCACAGGAUCGGUGACACUCCCUUGGUACGCAUCAACCAGAUAUCCAAAGCGUUUGGCCUCAAAUGCGAAUUACUGGCCAAGUGUGAGUUCUUCAACGCUGGCGGCAGCGUCAAGGACAGGAUCAGCCUGCGGAUGGUGGAGGACGCUGAGAGAGCUGGGAUCCUCAAGCCUGGAGACACCAUUAUAGAGCCCACCUCUGGAAACACUGGAAUCGGACUGGCUCUGGCUGCAGCUGUAAAAGGUUACCGUUGCAUCAUCGUCAUGCCUGAGAAAAUGAGCAUGGAGAAGGUGGAUGUCCUGCGAGCUCUCGGAGCGGAGAUCGUCCGCACGCCCACCAGCGCUCGUUUCGAUUCGCCCGAGUCCCACGUGGGCGUGGCCUGGCGCCUCAAGAACGAGAUCCCCGACUCGCACAUCCUGGACCAGUACCGCAACCCGAGCAACCCUCUGGCUCACUACGACACCACGGCCGAGGAGAUCCUGGAGCAGUGCGAUGGUAAAGUGGACAUGCUGGUGGCUGGUGCAGGCACAGGAGGGACCAUCACAGGCAUCGCUCGCAAACUGAAGGAAAGAUGCCCAAACAUCAAGAUUGUUGCCGUUGACCCAGAAGGCUCCAUCCUGGCUGAGCCCGAGGAGCUUAACAAGACCGAUAAGACCCAGUACGAGGUGGAGGGCAUCGGGUACGACUUCAUCCCCACCGUGCUCGACAGAUCAGUCGUCGACACCUGGUACAAGACCACAGACGAGGAGACCUUCAACAUGUCCCGUAUGCUGAUCAGAGACGAAGGCCUGCUGUGCGGAGGCAGCUCUGGAACCGCCAUGGCAGCCGCUGUGCACGUCGCCAAAGAGCUGAAGGAGGGCCAGCGCUGUGUCGUCAUCCUGCCAGACUCCAUCCGCAACUACAUGUCAAAGUUCCUGAGUGACAAGUGGAUGGUUCAGAAAGGCUUCCUGAGGGAGGAGGACCUCAUGGUGACGAAACCAUGGUGGUGGAACCUGAAGCUGCACGGCCUGAACCUGUCGGCCCCCCUCACCGUCCUGCCCACCGUCAGCUGCCAGAAGACCAUUAAGAUCCUCAAAGAGAAGGGCUUCGAUCAGGCGCCGGUCGUGGACGAUGCCGGGUUAAUCCUGGGAAUGGUGACUUUGGGGAACAUGCUGUCUUCGAUCCUCGCAGGGAAGAUCAAGCUGUCAGACCCGGUCAGCAAAGUGCUCUACAAGCAGUUCAAACAGAUCCGUCUGACCGACACCUUGGGAAAGUUGUCUCGCAUUCUGGAGACCGACCACUUUGCUCUGGUGGUGCACGAACAGAUCCAGUACCUGACAGACGGCUCCCCCAGCCUGAAGCAGAUGGUUUUCGGCGUGGUGACGGCCGUCGACCUGCUCAACUUCGUCACGGGUCGGGAAAAGAGAGAGCGCUCCAUGUCGGAGUCCACCGACGAGCUGUGAGCGGCUGGAGAACAGACCGCACACACUUGUACAUUUCUUAAAACCAACAUGACGCGAAGACGAGUUUAGUGUCUCGAAGAUAGAAGUGGUUUUUGAAGUUUUAGAUUGGCGUCAACUCUUAUUUUCCACUUUUGAUUCUUUCAUUUUGUAUGUUUAAACUUGAGUCUUAAGGUGAAUUGAAUACACCUUCCAUGCCAGUUUGUCAGCUUGUGAUAGGUUUUAUUUGCAGUAGGUGAUUACUCAUUACUUUCUUUUAUAUGCUUGUAGACCUCAAAGCAAAUCUUUUGUACAAUUCUAAUUUGUAGACAGCUUUUUGUUUUGUGUCAGCCUUUGUCCUCGAUGUUUUAUUUGUCUGAAAAGUACAUUAUUGUAUCGCUGUGGCCUUGUGUAUCAAUCAAAUGUUAGAAACAAGACAGAAUGUUAUAAAAGCCACAUUUACCUAAUUGAUGAGACAAAUAGAGAGUUGCUGUAUAUAGGCAUAUUAUAUUUUUAGUGUUGCUCAUUGUAUGCUGCUUUUUUUGUUUGUGUACAUAUACACAAAGACCAUGAAGUAUAAUCAAGUUUCCUAAAACAAUCACUGGUAUUUUUUUUCCUUCUUCUGUUUCAGCACACUACAUUUGAUGUAACUGUAAAGUGGUCGUGACUAUUUAAUCUUAACGGUGUGAAUGAAAAAGGAAACCUUUUGUAUUGUAUUAUUUCUCCUGAAUGAAUGUGUGUAACUAAAUAAAAUGUAAAGAAAGCC